AUGUCAGAUGAAUGGAAGAAUAACAAAUAUGCAAAAUCAACAGAUGGAAAACUUAGUGAAAAUGUAGUGAUGGAUAAAUACUUUUGGAAUAGGGUUGAGAUUUGUUUGAUAGGGGCACUUCCUUUGAUUGAAGUGUUUCGUUAUCAACCUAUUUGGGAUGUCAUUGAUGCAAGAUGGGAGAGACAACUUCAUAGGCCUUUUCAAGCUGCAGGCUAUUACCUUAACCCAAAACAACAUUAUUGUCCUACAUUUAAAGUUGAUUAUGAAGUAAAGGUUAGACUAUAUGAUUGUAUAAAAAGGAUGGUGGCGGAUACAACUAUAGAAAGAAAGAUUGAAGAACAACUUGAGGAAUUCAAGCAUCGUAAAGGUCUUUUCUGGACUACCUUUACUAUGGAUGGAGUUGAAACCAAGAGUCCAGCAGCAUGGUGGGAAUCUUAUGGUGAUGGCGUUCUUGAGCUCCAAAAAUUGGCUAUUCGUACGCUUAGCUUGACAUGUAGUUCCUUUGGGUGUGAACGGAAUUGGAGUGCUAUUGAGAUGAAAAGAAAUCGUUUGAAGCAGGAGACAAUGAAUAAUAUUGUUUUUGUGAUGGCUAACUCAACAUUAGGCAAGAGAAAACAUAGAGCAUCUCCUCAAAUUGAUUAUUACUUUGAUGACAUUGAGUUGGAUGAUGAUUGGAUUAUGGAACCAACAUAUGAAGCAUUUUUGGAAGAUGUUGAAGAAGAUCAAGAUCCCCUUGGCUUGGAUGAUCCAAAUGAAGAAGAAGGGAACUUGAAUGACUUGGAAAUUCCUGGAUUUAUUGUAACUUUUUGUUAUUAUUUUGUGGGGAGAAUGGGAAAAAAGUGUUUUUUGAGAUGGGUUUUGGUGAUUGGGGUGAUGGGUUGGAACAGUGUGGAAGGGCUUGGAGUGAAUUGGGGAACACAAGCUACACACGAGUUGAAGGCAGAUACGGUGGUGCAGAUGUUGAAGGACAAUGGGAUUCAAAAGGUGAAGCUGUUUGAUGCAGAUGUCUCCACAAUGAGUGCUCUUGCUGGGUCUGGGAUUGAAGUCAUGGUUGCUAUUCCUAAUAACCAGCUUGCUCAAAUGAAUGACUAUGAUCGUGCCAUGCAAUGGGUUCGCAAGAAUGUUACUAGUUACAACUUUCAGGGUGGAGUUAACAUCAAGUAUGUAGCAGUAGGGAACGAACCAUUUUUGAAAACCUAUAAUAAUUCAUUCUUGAAUGUCACCUUGCCUGCACUGCAGAACAUUCAAAAUGCCCUUAAUGAGGUUGGUGUAGGAGACACGGUUAAGGCCACAGUGCCCUUAAAUGCUGAUGUAUAUGAGUCUCCUGAGAAUAAUCCUGUUCCAUCUGCAGGAACAUUUAGGCCUGAUAUAAGUGAUCUCAUGACCCAAAUAGUACAAUUUUUGAGCAAGAAUGGUGCACCAUUCACUGUGAACAUUUACCCCUUCUUAAGUCUUUAUGGGAAUGAUAAUUUUCCUAUGGACUAUGCUUUCUUUGAUGGGGUAGCCAAUCCCAUAAAUGAUAAUGGGGUUUCAUACACCAAUGUUUUUGAUGCAAAUUUUGAUACAUUGGUUUCUGCUCUUAAAGUUGUGGGAUAUGGGGACAUGCCCAUUUUGGUAGGUGAAGUUGGAUGGCCUACAGAUGGUGACAAGAAUGCCAAUUCAGGCAAUGCAUUAAGGUUCUAUAAUGGGCUUCUACCAAGGCUUGCAGCAAAUAAAGGCACCCCAAGAAGACCAGGAUUUAUUGAAGUUUACCUAUUUGGACUUAUUGAUGAGGAUGCUAAGAGCAUUGCUCCAGGGAAUUUUGAACGUCAUUGGGGAAUAUUUAGGUAUGAUGGGCAACCCAAGUUUCCAAUGCAUCUUUCUAGUCAAGGUCAAAAUAAGUUACUAGUUGGUGCAAGAAAUGUGCAUUAUCUUGAUUCAAAGUGGUGCAUGUUUAAUCCAAAUGCAAAUAAUCUAAGCAAUCUUGCAGAUAAUAUAAACUAUGCUUGCACAUUUGGAGAUUGCACUGCACUUGGAUAUGGAUCUUCUUGUAACAAUCUCGAUGCUAAUGGGAAUGCCUCAUAUGCAUUUAAUAUGUAUUACCAGGCGCAAAAUCAGAAUGACAUGGCAUGCAAUUUUGAAGGUUUAGCCCAACUUACAACAAACAAUAUUUCAACACCUACUUGCAAUUUUAUUAUUCAGAUAAAUCCUUCAUCGUCCUCUUCUUUGAGGGUCUCACUAGUAGCUUUCUUAUUUAUUACACUACCCAUUAUUCUAUUUUUGUAG